AUGAAACCCUCCUUCCGCGGCGGAUUCCUCCUCCUCCCCGUCGAUUCCAACCAGCGACGGCGGAGGAUACUCGGCUUGAACUCGAAGCUUAUCUCUCCUCAUCUGCUGCGCCAUGUGUUGCUGCUGCUGCUCUUGAACUCUGUCGAAUCCGUUGGAAGCAGAGAAAGAGAAGAAACCUCCGCCUCCUCCUCCUCCUCCAUCUCCGCUUCCGUCGGUGCCCUGGUGGUGGUGGUGGUAAUCCUGUGA